AUGAAUACUUCUUACUAUAUUCAUAAUAGAGUCACUCUAAGAACUGGUACUUCAACUACUCUUUAUGAACUAUGGAAAGGAAGGAAGCUUACUGUCAAAUACGUUCAGGAAAAAUGGAGCGAUGUUGAUGAAGAUGUUGGCACAUCAUCUCAGCAGAUUGACACUUUUGAAAAUAAGGAAGUUAUUGAGUCAGACAGUGAACCAAUAGGCACUGAACCAGACAACCAUCAAGUCAACAAAGGUCCCUCUAUUAGAAUUCAGAAAUAUCAUCCAGCAGAACUCGUUAUUGGAAAUCUCAAUGAAGGAGUCACCACUAGAUCUAGAGAUAUCUACGACGAAGCUGAUCAUUUACUAGACAUGGGAUUUCGCAAAGAUAUUGAGAAGAUAUUCGCUGCAAUCCCUAAACAACGACAGACACUUAUGUUUUCUGCAACAAUUCCCGACGAGGUUUUGCGCCAAGUCUGCCAUAUUGCUAUGAAAAGGGAUUUCGAAUAUAUUAAUACAGUUCAGGAGGGUAGUGAGGAUACAUAUUCACAGGUCCGCCAAAUGCAUUUAGUUGCACCAUUAGACAAGCAUUUCCCUUUACUCUAUGCUAUUCUGAAGGAGCACAUUGCAGAUGAUGUUGACUACAAGGUUCUUGUUUUCUGCACAACCGCUAUGGUCACAAGACUUGUUGCUGAUCUCCUUGGGGAGUUGAACUUGAAUGUGAGAGAAAUCCAUUCAAGAAAGCCUCAGAGUUAUAGAACCAGAGUUUCUGAUGAAUUCCGGAAGUCAAAGGGUCUCAUCUUGGUUACUUCAGAUGUAUCUGCACGUGGAGUUGAUUAUCCAGAUGUUACUCUUGUUGUACAGGUUGGUCUACCGGCUGAUAGAGAACAAUAUAUACAUCGACUAGGUAGAACGGGGCGAAGAGGAAAAGAAGGACAAGGCAUACUGCUACUAGCUCCUUGGGAAGAGUUCUUUUUAGCUACUGCAAAAGAUUUACCUAUUGGGAAAGCUCCGGUCCCUUCAGUUGAUCCUGACACUAAGAAAAAGGUGGAAAGGGCUCUAUCCAAUGUGGAGAUGAAAAAUAAAGAAGCAGCAUAUCAGGCAUGGCUUGGUUACUACAACUCUAACAAGAAAGUGGGGAAAGAUAAGUAUAAGUUAGUGGAGCUUGCAAAUGAGUUCAGUCGAUGCAUGGGGCUUGAUAGCCCUCCAGCUAUUCCUAAGCUUGUCCUUGGCAAGAUGUGUCUUAAAAAUAUCCCUGGUUUAUGUUCCAAAUAG